AUGAAGAAGUUUCCAUCAGAGCCUCAACAUAACUACGAGCAACACGGUCACAUCAACGAAAACGGUUACAGCCAAUGCAGUCUCACUGGAAUCAUUCUUCCGUCUCUCGGCGCCACCAGCGUUUACGACAGCAAUGUGAACGACCUCGGUCACCUCAUCAUCUCCCCUUACAACUACCGUUAUCAAAAUUGGAACACGUUUCUCAUGAUAUGGGUUUUAUACACUGCAAUUGUAUGUCCUUUUGAAUUUGGGUUUCUUUUGACUUCAAAAGGUCCAUUUGCAAUAGCAGACAAUGUUGUGAAUGGAUUUUUCUUGAUUGACAUUGUUCUCACAUUCUUUGUUGCUUAUGUUGAGAAAAUGAAUUAUCUUCUCGUCGUCGAUAAAAAGAAAAUUGCUUAUAGAUAUCUUAGAUCAUGGUUCUUCUUUGAUGUCAUGUCUACCAUACCUUAUGAGGUUUUUCAUCGUGUGUUGCCGCCUUUUCUCCGGACCUAUGGUUACUUCAAUAUUCUUCGCCUUUGGCGCCUUCGUAGAGCGGGUGCUUUGUUUCAAAGGUUAGAAAAGAAUAGGAAAUAUAACUACUUUUUUGUGCGCUGUCUAAAACUUAUUUGUGUAACCCUAUUUUCGACACAUGUAGCCGCUUGCGCUUUCUAUUUUCUUGCUACAAGACCCAACCAUACAAAAGUUACAUGGUUAUCACUUGUCUCGAAUGGUUCCAACCUAACUAUGUUGGACGGUUAUGUUACAUCAAUGUAUUGGUCCUUAGUGACACUUUCAUCGGUUGGUUAUGGAGAUAUUCACCCGGUAAACUCAGAUGAAAUGUGUUUUUGCAUUUUAUUUGUGAUUUUCAAUUUUGGACUUGGUGCAUAUUUGAUAGGAAAUAUGACCAACUUGGUUGUUAACUGGAGUGAAAAAACUAAGACAUAUAGAGAAACUGUUCAAGCUGCAUCACAUUUUGCUCGUAGGAAUCGGUUACCUGAACGUUUGCAAGAACAGAUGUAUGCUCAUUUUCAUAUGAAGUACAAAACAAAUUUAGAAGGAUUGGAGCAGCAAGAGAUAAUUGAUUCACUUCCAAAAGCCAUUCAGUCGAGCAUCGCACACUACCGAUUCUUUGAACUUAUUAAACAGGUUUACUUGUUUAGUGGAGUGUCAAGGGACCUACUAUAUCAAUUGGUGACAGAGUUAAAGUCCGAGUUUUUUCCGCCAAAAGAAGAUGUAAUCUUACAGAAUGAAACACCAACAGACUUUUAUAUAGUGGUUUUUGGAGCUGUUGAUCUUAUCGUACACGAGAAAUCAAUGGAUCGGACAAUUCACGAAGCAUAUACAGGAGAUGUUUUUGGAGAAAUAGGAGUGUUAUGUUAUAGGCCCCAAAUUUUUACAGUUCGCACCAAGCGGUUUAGCCAGAUCUUGCGUUUGAGUCGAUCAGCAUUUCUAAACCUUGUUCAUAACAAUGUUGAAGAUGGAGCAAUAAUGAUGAACAAUUUUCUCAAUUAUGUCCAAAAAUCAAAAUUUGGAAUGUUGGAUGGAGUUAUGACUGAAAUAGAGACACUAUUGGCAAGAGGGAAAAUGGAUUUGCCUAUAAGUUUAAUAUUUGCAGCUCACAAAGGUGAUGAUAUGAUGUUGCAUGAAUUGCUAAAGAAAGGAUCAGAUCCAAAUGAAAUAGAUAAUAAAACUGGAAAGACAGCACUGCAUUCAGCAGCUUCCAAAGGUAGUGACCAUUGUGUGGUUUUGCUUCUAGAGUUUGGUGCUGAUCCUAACAUAAAAGAUUUUGAUGGAAAUAUACCACUAGGGGAAGCAAUUUUGAGUAACCAUGAAUCAGUGACAAAACUACUUGUAGAGAAUGGUGCGGAUAUAUCUUUAACUGAUGUAGGUCGUUUAGCAUGCUAUGCUGUUGAGAAAAAGGACAUAAAAAUGCUCAAAGAUAUUGCUCAAUAUGGUGGUGAUGUGAAAAAGUCCGCAAAUGGAACCACUGCGCUUCAUCUUGCGGUAUGUCAAGGGAAUGUUGAAAUGGUUAAGUUUCUCGUAGAACAAGGAGCAUAUAUUGAUAUGCAAGAUAGUUUUGGUUGGACUGCAAGAGCUUAUGCAGAUCAUCAAUGUCAUGAAGAAAUACAAAAUAUUUUCAAAGAAAUUGAAAAAGAUGACAAAGUUCCCCAUGUUAUUUCUUCGAUGCUAAAUGAUAACGAAGGAUCUCGUAUUGAAAAGUGUCAAAGUGAAUCUUAUCUACCAACUAUUCCUCAAAGUGGCAGUUUGCCACCUAAUCAAGAGUUGACAUGGUUGGAUAAUCAUCAUAGAAGAAGGGUUACCCCUUUUCGAAAUUCCUUUUUUUCAGUUCCUAGUCAAGAGAAAAUUGAUUCUCCUACUUUGGAAAAUAGUCGCACUACAACUACUCCUACUCCAAGUGUGACUGAAUUACCAACUAGAGUAAUGAUUAGUUGUCAAGGAAAAAGUGAAUAUCCUAAACGGCUUGUUUUUCUACCUAAAUCCCUUCAAGAGUUGCUACAUAUUGGUGCUGAAAAGUUUAACUGUUCUCCCACAAUAAUUUUGACUGAAGAUGGAGCUGAAGUCGAAGACAUAUGCUUGAUAAGAGAGGGUGACCAUCUCACUCUUGCAUGA